AAGAUAUUAGACAUGAUUAGUUUACAUCGUUAUAGUUAAAAAUGUAAUGUAGAUAGUUAAAGCCUAUAUACUGAUCGUCUUUUAGAUUAUUUCGUUUGUUUAGUACCUACUUGAUCUUUUGUAAUUGAGUUGUAAAAUAACAAGUUUAUAUUAAUACUUAAGUACUUCAAGACCCACGAGUGUCAAAAAUUAUUGCUAAAUUGUUUCUUAGAAAAUAAAUACCAAAAAAAUGAUUCACUUGAGUUUACUUAGUUAUUGAUUUAUCGAUUCUUAUAAAUUUUGUGAAUGAUUCAAAUUUUUGUAUCACUAUGUAAAUCGUUUAAUUAUAUCUAAAAUACCGAUUCAGGUAAAUUUUAAAUGUAUAUUAUUUUAUUAUUUAAUACAAAUUUUUAACAACUCAUAAUAUUUUUGUUUUAGUGUGUUGUCCAAAUAUGAUAGCUUGACCUCGUACACUUUUAAAUAUGUUAGACACAAACGCAAAGGAAGAAGAAUCUUUAAUUGAAGAAUCUUCAAUAAUUACAUCAUUUACAAAAAUCAGUACAGCAUUGUUUUAUGCAGGUGCGUCUAUGUUAAUUACUGUAGUAAAUAAAUCUGUCUUAACUAGCUAUGGAUUUCCGUCUUUUCAAUUUUUAGCCAUAUGUCAAAUGUUUAUGACAAUAUUUGUCUUAUUUUUAGCUAAAAGUCUUGGAAAACUAAAAUUUCCAGAUAUUAAUAAACAUACAUUUAAAGAUACAUUUCCAAUGCCUUUGAUUUAUUUAGGGAAUAUGGAAUUCGGUUUAGGUGGCACCAAAGAAUUAAGUUUACCUAUGUUCACUAUGUUAAGACGUUUCUCUAUAUUAAUAACCAUGUUAGGUGAAUAUUAUUUACUUAAUAUUAGACCCAAGUUCUCUGUUAAGAUAUCUGUAGGCAUGAUGGUUUCUGGUGCUAUUAUAGCCGCUAGUAAUGACUUAGGAUUCAAUUUCAAUGGAUAUAUAUUUGUACUGUUCAACGAUUUUCUAACUGCUGCAAAUGGAAUAUUCACAAAGAAAAAAUUAAAUUCCAAAAAAGAAAUGGGCACAUAUGGACUGAUGUAUUAUUCAUCGUUAUUUAUGAUACCACCCGCUUUAAUACUGGUGUAUUUUUCUGGGGAUCUAGAUAAAGUAUACAGGUACCUUUAAUUGUAUUUGAUAUUAAUAAAUACAUGGUUUGGUUAUUAUUAUAUUUAUUUUCAGAUUCAGUUACUGGUUGCACCCAGCCUUUUUAAUCCAAAUUUUCAUUUCAUCUGUUAUGGGCUUCAUUUUAAACUAUAGUAUAAUGUUAUGUACUCAAUACAAUUCGGCUUUAACAACAACAAUAAUUGGAUGUCUUAAAAAUAUAUUUGUUACUUAUAUGGGCAUGUUUAUUGGUGGAGACUAUGUAUACACAUUAAAUAACUUCAUCGGUAUUAAUAUUAGUGUUAUUGGUAGCCUGUUCUACACAUAUGUCACAUUCAGGCCAUCUAUAUCAUCUCAAAUAAAGUCACCAAAUACUAUUAAUGUAUAAGACUAUUACAAUAUUACAUAUUAUCUAAAUUUAUAUCAAAUUAUAUUUAUUAUAUAAAUAAUUAUAGUUACCUUUUAAACUAUUUGUCAUAAUGAAUGAUAUAUAGUUUUAACUAUUUAAGUUUAUUGGUUUAAUGAUAUUAAUAUAAAAGAAAAUUUUAUUUGAAUUAUACUUAAACUAAUAUACAUUUUUUUUUAUUUUAUCUUUUACAUACAUACAAUUAUGUAGGUAUAUUAUGUAACUAUUAUAUUUUGUUUUGAUCUAAAUAAUAAAUUGUGAGUGAGGAGUGAAUUUAAUAUUAUGAUAUUUUACAUGGAUAAUAUUUUCAUAAAUUCAUAACUAAGCAUUGAAACUGAGAUUCUUGUUUUUUGAGUACCUGAUAUAAAUAUAUAGGUAAUUGCAAGAUCUAUUUAAAAUUAGUACUAAAAACAAUUUUCUUUGAUUUCGAUUUAAGUCAGUACUCAUUGAUAAAAUAAAUCAUAAAUUAUGAUUUAUUUUUUUGGUUUCAAAAUGUAUUUAAAUAUAAUCAGUAAAAUUGUUUCAAUUAACUUCGGUUUUUUAAAAGAUUUGUAAACAUUUUGCUUUUAAAUAGUAUGCUUUAUACUAUUUAUAUGCAUUUAUAAUAUCACUGGAGAUGCUUUGUAGGUUCAACUGUAUAUCUAAUGUUUAUAGUUUUUUUUGUUUGGAAUAAUUUAGAAAGUUCUCAAACUUUUUUUUUUCGUGUACCACUUAUAUAUAUUAUGGAUAUGUCACUUACCAAUUAUAACUAAAAAUUAAACUAUUUAUAGUAACAAUACAAUAUAAUUAAAAUUAUAAAAAUUAAAAAUAUAAAUAGUAAUAGAUCUAUUCAUAAUAUUUCUACAAAUAUGUAUUAAUUAGUUUUCUGAAUUACUACCACUUUUUUAUGUACGACCUGUGGUAUUCGAAUCACAGUUUGAGAACCUCUGAUCUAAUCUUUCUGUAAAAAGACUGCUUAAAUAAUAUCUCUAUAAAAUUACAUUUUUUCGGUUUUAUAGUAAUUUCUUCUUUAACCUAUUUUAAGUUAAUUGCCAUAUAUUAUUUAUAUCAAAAUUUAAUUAUUAAUAA